AUGGGGGCAGCAUCGUAUAUACGUGAUGCGGGUCACACUCGAACGUCUGUUUCCAUUGUUUCAGACAAUUACAAGCUUGGCAAGUUGAUAAUUGAGGGCAAAACUAAAAAGGUUUUCGAACUCGCCAAUGAUCCCAAGUUAUGUUACCUCGAGAGCAAGGAUCGCAUCACAGCUGGCGACGGUGUCAAGUCGCACGAGCUGGAAGGCAAAGCUGCUAUCAGCAAUGCCACAAAUGCCAAAGUUUUCCAGUUGCUUAAUCAAGCCGGCAUGAAGACGGCUUUCGUCAAAGUUGCCGGCGAAAAGACUUUUAUCUCGAAGAAGUGCGAGAUGGUGCCGAUUGAGUGGGUCACCCGGAGAUUGGCUACCGGUAGCUUCCUCAAAAGGAAUCCUGGCGUACCGGAAGGAUUCCGUUUCAAUCCACCGUUGCAGGAAACGUUCUAUAAGGAUGACGCAAAUCACGAUCCGCAAUGGUCGCAGGAGCAAAUCAUCUCUGCUGGCUUCAAGCUUAACGGCCGUACGAUUGGCAAGGACGAGUACGACAUAAUGCUGCGCACCACUCUGGUCGUGUUCGAGGUGUUGGAACGUGCCUGGGCUACCCGCGAUUGCGCGCUCAUCGACAUGAAGAUCGAGUUCGGCGUGGAUACCGACGGCGAGAUCCUCGUAGCCGACAUUAUCGACAGCGAUUCGUGGCGAUUGUGGCCAAGUGGUGAUAAGAGACUCAUGAAAGAUAAGCAG